CAUACUGCACAUACUAUGCUCACCCCUCCCCCUCCUGCAUGAAAACAACUGCAAAAUACCCGACACUUCAGUCUGUCAUUGAACUUGUGUUUUAUACAUGUGGCAUAAGUUGAAAAAGUAUGCCCAGUGAAUCUUCUUAACCCAUAUGAAAGGUGUCAAAACUAUACAGGGAUUGAUGGCAGGAUUCCAUAUGAAUAAUGAAGAACUGGAGAAGAUUUAUAUGGAAGCUGUUGGGGCCCAAACAAAGUACCAUCCCAGCAUCUACCCAGAGGGACUGAAGAAAAUCAUGAAAAACUUCAGUCAGCAAGUGCGUCAACUGAGAACUGAAUUCAGCACCUCACAAAUCUACAAAUACAAGCCUACAGCAUUACCUCUAGACCAACAUGUUCAGUUCCUUUCUGUCAAUAGGGACCUGAACUUCUUUUUGGUAGUGUACUAUGUCACAUGUAACCUUUCCAAGCCUGGAGAUUUGAUCACAGUUUGAAGUGAUGGAUCCAUGUUCAUCAUCUGUGACAAUACGACUGAUAAUGUGAUCACCUUCCUCAUGAUACUGGUCCAAAAUGCAAUUACGGAUGUCCAAACAGUAAUGUAUCUCGUUGCUUGGUGUUUUUUUUUUUGAGAAUGCACCUUUGCACAAACCUUUAUGGAAGCGAAACCCAUCACAGAGAGUUUGAUAGACCGAGCCACAACUAAUUUGCAUGUCGCUCAAUACUUCAGUGAUAGUCACUACCCUGCUGUCAGGACUGGUGCACUGUUCCCUUCUGUGAGUGAUGUGCAGGGGCACCCAUGUCAAUCUGCACUUGUUCAGCUGUUUCAAAACAUUUCAAUCCCCAUACCAGUACACAAGGUCUACUGCACCAGAACAUUCACCAUACUGUGUUGAGAGUUUCUGGUGAAUUUUAGCAUUUGUCACACCUUCAGACCACAGCAAUCAAAUAUGUGCACACUGCUGAUCUUUUAUGUGUAUAGUCAGUAAAUUGCAAUUAUAAAAAGACAAGUCCAUCCAAUGUGACUAUUUCAGUUUUCUCACUUGAUGAUUCACUAGCCGUACAUGUUUUGAUCCAUUUGGAUCAUCUUCAGAGGCAUCAAACACUUUUUAGUAAAUUGCCCUGCUAACUAUUGAUUAAGCAAAAUAACUAUAAACAGUCUGGGUCAUGUCACUACAGUGGGGAAGUUCUGUGCUUCCAGUUGCAUGUGCAUUUGGAAGCAGACCAACUGCAAGCAAUAAACAAUUUCAAAAUAAUUUUUUAUUCUUUUUAUAUU